AUGGCCAUCGCCUGCGUGGGCAUCAUGCUGUCCACCUACGCCCUGCACGUGGAGGUAGCCAAGGAGAGCAACAAGAGCUACCAGGCCAUGUGUGAUAUCAGUUCUUCCAUCUCCUGCUCCAAGGUGUUCACGUCCAGGUAUGGCCGAGGGUUUGGCCUCAUCGGACAGCUGUUUGGUGAAGACCACUUCCUCAACCAACCCAACAGUAUAUUUGGUAUCAUCUUCUACUGCAUUGUAAUCAUUCUGGGUGAAGCCAAGACACUAAAAGUGGCAAAAAUCCAGCUAGGUCUAAUUGCUUCAUCAAAUUUAAUGAGUAUCUAUUUGGCCUACCUCCUUUACUUUGUGCUCAGGGACUUUUGUGUUAUCUGUGUCAGCACAUACAUUGUUAAUAUACUGCUGACACUGCUGGCCUUCAAACGUGUCUCAGUCCUGCAGAGAAUGGUGAAGGUCAAGUCCAAGUAA